ACACUAAAUGCUUAUCACGGCUUGCUUAUUUGACUAGUCGUUUUGCGCUAUGUAUUUUAGUUACAGUUUUAGUGUGUCUUUUGCCGUCCGAGUAAUAACAAGAACAGAUUCUAUCGCAAAAUGAAGCCCAACUGCGUGAUAUUUAUUUGUCUAUUAGUCAUAGCAUCGACCAUGGCAAUGAUGCAACUCACUCAUACGACCUUCGAUUCGUGUGAUCCAGAAGAAUGGAUUUUAACGAAUACUACACUCAACUGGAUUAAUAACACGAAAAUAAUUUCAUGUAACAUUACUUAUAAAGAGGAAGACAAUAGCACAAUAUACAGGAUACGUAUUACGGUAAGCAAUUGCAGGAACCGUACUAUAUGUACUGGAGAACCGAAGAUACAGAUUGACAAUAUCAACUGUAAUUCCCAGAAUCUCUCGAAAUCAGACAUGGACGUUUGUAAAAUUGCAAAUGAAUUGGGAAAGUUUGAAAGAGAGGAACAAUGGUUAAAACUCCGAUAUGGGUUCAAGAACGGAGAGCUGCUCUCUAAGAUGGUGUUUUGUAUAAAUAUAGAACAUGCUGAUUUAUCGUGGAAUGAUACAGAAUAUAAAUAAUUUUGAAAAUUACUUUCUUUCAAACAUAUACUUCUACUAUAACGUAAUUUAAUUAAAUAUAAUAAUAUAAUGUAAUUAAAAAAUGAGUGAAUAUUAUAUGUUAAUAUAUAAAUAAUGGAAACAGAAAUUUAAAAAGAGAAACAGACUUUAAGAUCUUUCUCGAACAAACAAUGAAGGCAAUAUUCUUUCUUUUUUUUAUUAGAUGUAGAUACAAUUUAUUGAAAAAUUGUCAUUACUUAUUUCCUCACUAAAUAUAUGGAUAAUAAAAGUUACAUGAUUCGAAUCUAUUAAAAA